GCCGCCCCUUCAGCAGACGUUUUCUCGGCGCCUGUAGCUCGCGGAGCCUUGGUUUGCGGCUUGACUUUGUGUAGUUAAACAUGAGGACCCUUUGGACAAAGUCGGGUGGAGGAUAGCUGUAUAUAUGACAAUACUUCGAUUUGCAGUUACCAUUUUGAGGUCAUGCUUCUGUUGUUUUCAUUUCUCCCAAACCAACUCUUUCUUCAAACUUCUACUUUGUGGGCAGAGCUCACGUGAGAUGGGAGAUUUUCGAGGUAUAGCAGAAGAGUCAUUUCCGAGCUUAGCCAGUUCACUACUUGGUAAUAGUGAGGUUUUGGAAAAUGUCACUCUUUCAUCAGAUUUUGGCUUGCCCAUUGCUGUUUCUACACUUGCCCGAAAUAGACCCAGCAUUGACAACAGGUGCUCUGAUGUCCAGGCUUCCUACUUAACUGAAAGGAGGUUUUCAGUUCAUUCUGAAUCAUCUUCCAGUUGCCAGAGUGACAACACUGAACCAGGAGAAAGAUUACAGCUCAGCUUUCAGGGUGAUGAUUCUGCCUCAAGGAAAAAGAAUAACAUAGAGAGUCCACAUGUGUUACAUGCUCUCUUGAAACCAAAUGCAGAAGAGAAUCAAGCUAAUACUACAGAAUCCAUUCAGGGUCAGAAUCUUUUGGAUGGAGUUUCCACUCUGGAACAGGUACCAGACUCAGCUCUUGAUUUCCACUUAAAAUCAUGGAUGAAUAAUCAAGAACACAAGAUUGUCAUGCCUGAUGGUGGGAAGCAUCUUGAAGACAAGACUCCAAAUGGUGAUUUCAGCCAUAUCAGCCUUUUAGAAAACGAGAAACUUUUAACACUGACACACUUGGAAGAUUCCUCUGAUGAUGAUAUUAAUGAUGAAGAAUUUUAUGAUGACCAUUUGGAAGCAUAUUUUGAACAACUGGCCAUUCCAGGGAUGAUAUAUGAAGCAGGAGAACAGGAGUCACCAGAAAAUGUUUUUAAGUUACCUGCUUGUGUAGGAGAGGAUGUUGUGGUGAAGGAGCUGUGUGCUGAGGAUGAGACACUCAGCCUAACCUACAGUCACAGCACACAUGAUGCAAAAGGUGGCUUUUACUCUGCUGACUCCAAAAAACAGGAUUCAGAGUCGCUGCACCAAAAUAAGCAUUUGGCUUCAGAUUUAGAAACUGUCUUGAAUGUGGAUAGAUGCUUAAACACAGAGACUCCUGUAGUAUUUAUUAAAAAAGAUGGGAACAUCACGUCUGUGAAGACCAGUGGUAACAAUGGAAUUAAUUCUCCUGAUAAUCUUUGGUCACCAACUUGUGAAAGGAGAGCAUGUGAAUUUUAUGAGUCUGUUGCAAAGACUAAUGACCAAACAGGUCUCUCACAGAAUGUAGUCUACCAGAAUGAGGAUGGCAAAUGGGUCACUGACCUUGCCUACUUCACAUCUUUUAUUGAUCAGCAAGAUUUACAGAUGUCUCCAAAUAAUGAAAUGAAUGAAGACUUCAUAUCUGGUUCUGAAGCACUGGAUUUAAUUGCAAAAGAUGAAGAGGAAUUCAAUAAAGAACAUCCAUUUAUACAGGAUGAAAAAAUAGAUGUUCAGAAUACUUCGCUCUCACUUGGGGAUACAUCCUGGGUAGCUACAGUUAAUUACCAUUUGUUGAGAAAAUCACUAGGCACAUCCGAUUUUGAUAAAGAUGAUGGCAGUUAUCUACGCCUCUCAUUAGGAGAGUUCUUUGCACAAAGAUCUGAAGCUCUUGGUUGCCUUGGUGGUAGUAACAGUGUGAAAAGACCAUCAUUUGGUUAUUUUAUUAGAUCACCAGAGGAGAGAGAACCUUUUUCUCUAAUAAAAUCCGAUGUGUCGAGAAGUAAUUUGGAAAAAGAAGUGACUCCUCUUCACCAUGAUUUAUUUUCAGGCAAUUUGAAUGAGCAGUCCCAGGCACAGCUAAGUGAAGGAUCAGUUACACUUCAGGCUGAAGAACUGCAGAGAACUUUACAGAUGGGUGAAAACGAUACCACACUAACUGCCAACAGAAGCAAGACACAGGACACUUUCUGCAAUAAUAACAAACUUCAAGAGCAUAAAAACACAGUCCCUGGUGGUGGAGAUUCCAUACUUAGAAUAAGCACCAUUGCUUCUGCUAUUGCAGAUGUGUCAGUGAGUACUGAUCCUGCCCAGCUUGUUGCCAUGAUGAAAACACUCAGAAAUAAAGGAAGAGGCAAGACUUUUCAGGAUGAUGAUGCACAAGAGCCCUGUUUCACCACGCCUCAUUUCUUACUCAAUGAUUUAGAAAAAAAUAACAGAUCCAAUGCAUUUGAUAUGGAGAAAUACCUUACAAAAACAGACGCUAGUAGCUGUGAAGGUACACAAGAGCCCUUUUCAAGAGCAGGCACGUCUGAUAUUUGGGAUAUAUGUUUGCUGAAACAGGAGAUUGUUCAAGAUGUCACUGUGGUGAGUGAUGGUGCUACUAUUACAAGAGAACCAGAGGAAGAUACAGCAGCUAUUGUCUGUGGUGAAAAUUCAGAGAGUGAUACUCAAGACUCACUUAGAACGAUAGCCUCUUCGAAUCCAAUGCUUCCAAACCUAAGGGAGAAUCGAAGCCUGGCGAGGAUGGCACACUCCAUUGACGGAUUGUCAGAUGUGCAUAGCAGUGAGAAAGCUACCUCAGUUUCCAUUCCAACAUCUAGUAGUUGCUCAUCAAGAAGGAACUGCAGAGUACCUUCCUUUUGUAUUUUAGAAAAACGUGAAGCAGUACAAGAUAACCGAAAACACCAAAGGAAAAAGGUCUGUGUCAGUGAGACGAGCAGCAGCGACAAGCAUGUCACUUUUGAUGAAGACUGCGUGGUCUUCCCUGAGAGUGUUGUAGGUUUGAAAAAUGCCUCUCCUGAGAGUGGUGGAUCUGGCUUUGAAGACCAGGAGAGCUUCAGACGGUCUGCCUCACCACUCAGUCAUUCUUCUUACUCUGGAAGCUUAUCAGGAUGUGCUCUGGAGUCUCUUGAGUCAGCUCAUCACCAUAAGGGUCACUCAGAGAGUGAGUUGUUUCAGAUGGCAUGUUCCCGUGAUGUUAUUAGUAGGCUGACUUAUGUGUCUGAACAGGAAAUCACCUUUCCUGUCUCAGCUGCUGAUGAAAGCUCAGAGGACCACAAGAAUGAUCUCACCAGUGAGUUGAGCACCACAAUUAUUCCAGCCAGUCCAACUUCAUCAGAGGAACAAACUAUGGAGAAAUUAAGAGACAAAGUUCCAGGUCAGAAUGCAGAGAAACAUUUGUUGCCAUGUAUUAUCCAGAAUGAGUCUGGUUUAGGAAACGAAACAGAAACUCCUUCUCUGAGGAGCGGAUUUGAAAAUGGAGAGCCUAAUUUUACAUCAAGUCAAGAUACUUCUUCCAAAAGUGGGGAACCCUUGGGAUCCAGUAAGGUGGAUUCAACAUCUGGCCCCAGUGAGCAGGACCUGAUUGGCCAAGUUCUCCUGAACAAGCCAGGUCUUAGUCACCGGUCUGGGACAGGCAUGUUGACCCUCCCUGUACUGAGCCAAAAGGCUGUGGACCAAGGUCAAAGACUAACAUCUGUUGGUCUGUCAACUGCCAGCAGUGAAUCUAGCAGCCAGAUUCCAAGUCUGGGCACCUCUGGAAACCAGCAUAGUCUUACACCCCACAUUUCAGCUCAUGCUUCUGUUGCUAAUGUGCAGAACCGGCCUGCUGUGUGUCCUGCACUCUGGACUGGACAUUCUCUAUACACAGCUUCUGUGGCACCACAGUAUCUGGGGCCAGUCUCUUCAUCUGGGAGUGCCACCUUGCCUCAGUGCCAUGCAGGCAUGCAGGUCUCUGGGAUUUCAAGAUAUUCUUAUCCUCCUGUUGUACCAGAUGUGGCUUCUGGGAUGUAUUUAGGACCAAAUCUUGCCUCUGGAUUGAUGGCUCCCUCUUCUAUUUAUAACCUGUGUUCUACUGCUGUACACCAGAACCAGCUAAGUACAGCAAGACCAUUUCCUGUGCAGUCUGUUGGUACAAACUCUGAGACUGAACCAUGGGGCUCAGGGAUGGUGUCUGGAUUUGGGAAUGCCACAGUACCUGAGGAACUGAAGUUUCCUCAUGCUUGCUGUGUAGGGAUUGCUUCACAGACCCUCCUUAGUGUCUUUAACCCAACUGACUGUUGGCUGCAAGGCAGCAUCAGAAUUCUCAGUGUUUGUGUGAACGGUGAGAAGGUGGAUCUUUCAAGACAAACAUGUUUAGUUUUUAAGAAUAAAUUUGUUGUAAGACCGCAUGCCACCGAAGAGAUAAAAAUUCUUUUUAUACCCACAAAUUCUGGGAUUUUCAGAUGUACAUUCAGUGUUGCUUCUUGGCCAUUUUCAGCAGAUGCUGAUACAAUAGUUCAAGCAGAAGCUUUGGGAAGGAGAGUCACUCUUACUGCCAUUGCUGAAAGCCCUAUUAUUGAGGUAGAAACAGAAAAGAAAGGGGUUCUGGAUUUUGGUGAUUUGACCUAUGAAGGCUGGAAAGCUCUCCCACUCAAGUUAAUAAAUAGGACACAUGCUGCUGUGCCAAUCAGACUGAUCAUUAAUGCUAAUGCCUUAGCCUGGCAAUGCUUCACAUUUUCCAAAGAGCCCGUCCGUGCACCUUUGAAAGCUGCUCCUUUUGCUGAUGUGAUUGCUCAGCUCGUAGCCGCAUCUGUAGUUAGUCAUGUGAUGCCUCCCAGUUAUGAUGGAAAAGAUCCAGAAUUUCUGAUAGUUUGGAUUAUUUUCCAUAGCCCAAAGAAACUCCUCACUUCAGAAAUUCUAGGCCCAGCAGAAGAAUUCCUGGCCAGAGUGGAUAUAGAAGUUGACAGCCCAAACCCUAUGCCGGUUCUUAGAAGUGUGGACCUCCGAGCAAGAGCAGGCAUAGCUAGGAUCCAUGCCCCUAAGGACUUACAGACUGUCUAUUUGUUGGCCGAUGUAAAUUCCUCAACAAAGCAGCCCUUGCCUUUGAAAAAUGCUGGGAAUAUUGAAGUUUGCCUAGAUAUCAAGGUCGCAGAACAAGGGAGUCAAUUUUCAGUGGAUCCAGAGAGUCUGUCUCUUAAACCUGGAGAAGAACAUGAAGUUAUAGUUUCAUUUACUCCAAAGGAUCCUAAAGCAUGUGAGGAAAGGAUCCUGAAAAUAUUUGUACAGCCAUUAGGACCUCAGUAUGAAGUAGUGUUAAAAGGUGAAGUAAUUUCUUCUGGGAGUCACCCUCUGCCACCUGACCCUCACUGCUCAGAUAUUCCAUUGAUUCUGUCUAAUAAGCAGUUUCUGACUUGGGGAGGCAUCCCUCUUGGUAGGACACAGCUUCAGAAACUAGCUUUAAGAAACAGUUCUACAAGUACAGCUCAAAACUUGCGACUACUUAUCAAAGGACAGGAUCAGGAUUGCUUUCAGAUUCAAAACACUUUUGGCUCAGAAGAGCGAUUGACCAGUAACUGUGAGAUCAGAAUUUGCCCAGGUGAAGACUGUGUAAUCUCUGUGUUAUUCGCACCUACUCGAUUAUCUUGUAUGUUGGCUAAGCUAGAGAUCAAACAACUUGGGAUUCGAUCACAGCCAGGCAUUAAGUUUAUGAUACCUUUAUCUGGAUAUGGAGGAACAAGUAAUCUUAUUUUAGAAGAUGUUAAAAAAUUAUCUGACAGUUACUUGGUAACGAUGAAUGACUUAAUUCCUGGCAAAGAGAGUAAAGUUAUUUUUUCUGUUCGCAACACUGGCUCUAGAGCAGCCUUUGUUAGAGCAGCGUGUUUUAAAGAUUCUCAAAGAAAAGUUUUGCUGGAUCCUAAAGUAUUCAGAAUUUUUCCAGAUAAAUUUGUACUUAAGGAAAGAACCCAAGAAGAUGUUACUUUAAUAUAUAAUCCAUCUAACAGAAAGAGUGAUAAUAAACCUGCAACAGAACUAUUAACUGUAUACUUCUUUGGUGGUGAUGAACUCUUCAGACAGCAGUAUCGAAGAGCCCUGCUGAAUAAACCAGGAAUCAUAAAGCAGAUACUUCCAGAACAUACUGUACUACGAAACAUUGACUUUGCUGAAACAUUUCAGGAUGAGCUACUUAUAGAUGAAGCAUGUGAUCUUCCCCAGCGGCCUAAUGACAUUCAGCUCUUCUAUGGAAGCAUGCGCAAAAUUACCCUGUCAGUAAUUGGAGAAUUCAGAGAGUCCAUUUCUAGCAGAGAAUUUCUUCAGCCUCCUUCCAGUGCUGAGAAUGAAAGUAAUUUUCCCAGUGAAUCUGGAACUUCUGUAAAACAAAGUGGCAACGUCUCUUUGGAUGUUUUACCAGUUAAAGGCCCUCAGGGUUCUCCUUUUCUUUCACAAACUGCCGACCCAGCUCAGGGCACACCAGCCUCUGAAGAAAGUUGGGCUGUCCAUCCAGAACACUUGAUUCUGGUAGCUACUUCUUCUUGUGAAUAUUUCGGUGACAUGGUAAAAACAGGACGUUUCCAGAUUAUAAAUAACUCUGUUAGGUUACUGAAAUUUGAGCUAUACUGGCCAGCACAUUGCCUAACAGUUACACCACAACAUGGAUUUAUCACGCCAGAGAGUAAAACACAAGUUCUUGUGAGUCCUAAUUCUUCUUUGUCUACAAAACAGUCAAUGCUCCCAUGGACUGGUUUGAUCUAUAUACACUGUGAUAAUGGUCAGAAGAAAAUUGUAAAAGUUCAAAUUCGAGAAGAUUUGACUGAAGAACCGUUAUCUCAUUUGGCCUCCAGCACAUUUGGAAUUCUUGCUCCAGCACCUGAGCCUUCCAUUAGUCAUUUGACAAAACCCAUUACAAAACCAUCUUCCACAAAACUGGAAAUUAGAAACAAGACAGUAAUUUUUCCUCCAACAGCACCUGGUAAAACCUCAGAGAACUUUGUGGAACUAGCGAAUGGUGGCCCCACAGAUGUGAAAUGGCACCUGUCAUCUUUUGCUCCCCCAUAUGUCAAGAGAAUUGAUGAAACUGGAGAUGUUUUUAGAGCUACCUACACAGUGUUCAGAUGUUGUCCCAUUUCUGGCACACUGGAAGGUUAUAGAAUCCAAAAGGUCUCCGUCAUGUUUCUGCCCAGACAGAGAGGAAAUUAUUCCCAGUUUUGGGAUGUUGAGUGCCACCCUGCUAAAGAACCUCACAUGAAACACACACUGAGAUUCCAGCUGUCUGGCCAGAGCAUCAGAGCAGAAAAUGAUUCUGAAGACUCAUGUUCCAGUGGUAGCCUCAUUAAAGUAGAUAAUGCAGUCGUGUGCCGGAGGCAUACUGUGUCUGAGACCUCUCCUCACAUAUCUGGCAGACAUCUUGACCUGAGUCGUCAUGGAGUGUAUGCCCCAAAGGAUGUCUACCUGUUCCCGCCAACCACAGUUGGGGAAUCCAGUACACUGAAAGUCAAUUUGCGAAAUAAUUCAUUUUUUACUCAUGCACUGAAGUUUUUCAGCCCCAGAGAGCCUUUCUACAUCAAGCAUUCCAAAUACUCUUUGAGAGCCCGGCAUUACAUCCACAUCCCGGUGCACUUCAGACCACAGCUGGUAGGCAGGUUUAAAGCUCUGCUCGUGAUCCAGACAGACGAAGGCAAGAGUAUUGCUAUUCGACUAAUUGGUGAAGCCGUUGGAAAAAGUUAAUUAGAAUACAGUUUAUGUAAAUGACCUAUUAUAUUUUGGCAAUCUCAUUUUUCUACACUAAAAUUAUGCUGUUGUAUAUAUUUUGUAUGAUAAAUUCAAUGUGUAUAAAUUAUAGAUUUGUUUUUAAAGAAUUCAGCCCUGAAGCCCUGACUAAAUAUCAUGUAUCUAGCUCACAGUAUUAACAUUUUACAGGGGAGAAGGUUCUAUUUUUGCACAGAUUAUGACAUUCUGAAUAAAUAUGACAUGUUUUAAUGUGGUAUAUUCAGAAAUAAACUCAAUAUUUUAAACUGAA